AUGAAAUAUAAUGCAAACACCUCUAACCAAUUUAGGGCUAUGUUUUUUAAAAAUGCAACAUUUUUAAAAAGACAAAAAUGUUCUUUAGGUGUUCAAAUUGCUAUUCCAAUGGCAUUAGUAAUUGUUUUAGUUAUUCUUAAACUUUGGAUUGAAAGUCAAAUUGAAAACAAUAGUGGUCCAGUAGGUGAUAGUAGUGGUGAUGAUAUUAUGGGUUCAUAUAUUAGUUAUAAAUUUGAUUAUAUGCAAGGUUGGUUUUAUACUAUAAAUCCAAAUAAUAUAACUAAUAUUGGUUAUAAAGAUGGUUAUGGAAAUGGAACAGGUUUGUUGGGAGGUAUUAAUCAAUAUGAAAUAUAUUGGAAUGGUAGUGAUCUUUGGGUACCAUAUACAGUUGCAGUAGAAUCAGGUCAAAAAAUGAAUGAUAUGGUUUUAGCUCAAAAACAACAACUUGGUCAAAGUUCAAUGGGUCCACUUACAUUCCCAAUUGCAGGUAUUCAAUUCAACGAAUUCAACCCACAAAAUAAUUUAAUUGAUCUUACAAUAACAUGUGAACAACAAAUUAGAUAUGCCUAUAACAAUUUUGAAAAUAAUUUAAUUUAUGUUUUAUCUCAAAUUCAAACAUCAUUCAUUAAUUACCUUUUAAAUGGAAAUGGAGUUGUAGUUAAAACUCAAAUUAGCACGUUACCAUAUAUUUAUAAAAGUCAACAAUUUGAUAUUGCUUCACUUUUAGGUGGUUCAUUCUUUCCAUUUGCUCUAUCUUUUGUUUUACCAUUAUUUAUGUAUUCAAUUGUUUAUGAAAAACAAGAAAAAUUAAGAGAUUUAUCAUUAAUGAUGGGAUUAAAAAUGAGAAAUUAUUGGAUUAUGACAUUUAUUUUUAACUUUUUAACAUAUGUUGUAAUUGUAUCUGUUAUAAGUUUAAUUUGUUCAGCUGCAAAAGUAUCAUUAUUUGUUAAAGGAUCACCAUUCGCUUUAUUUUUAUUAUUAUUUUUGUGGGGUUUAUCAAUGGUUUCAUUUGCAUUCUUUUUAUCAACAUUUUUUAAAAGAACUCGUGCCGCUUCAAUUUUUGGUUACUUUUUUGUAAUGGUUAUGGUUAAUUUAAAUUCAACUUUAUCACUCUUUAAUACUUCAGUACCUGUAUUUUAUUAUUGGGUACCAAUUUUAGCAUUUAGUAGAGGUAUUUCAACUUUAUGUGGUUUAUGUGGUAAUGGAUUAUGUCCACCAUUAUCACAAUAUACAUGGGAUUUUGAACUAUCAAGAAUUCUUUUUUGGUUAUUCAUUGAUACAAUUGUAUAUUUAACUUUAGCAGUUUAUUUAGAUAAAGUUUUACCUCGUGAAUUUGGUGUACCAAGUCAUCCAUUAUUUUUUAUUAAAGAUUUAAAGGAAUUAUUCUCAAAAAAAGGAAAGUAUAGAAAAUUACGUGAUGGUGAUGGAAUUAAUGAAAAAACAAAAUUAAUUAAUGAAUAUACUAUUGAUGGUAUUAAUAAUGAUGAUGAUGAUGAUGGAUUAAUGGAUGAAGAUGUAAAGAAAGAAAGGGAUAUGAUUGUAAAAGGUGAAUAUAAUCCAGAGGAAAUGACAUUAAUAGUUCAAGGUUUAAGAAAACAAUUUCCAGGUAGACCAAAACCAGCGUUAAGUAAUCUUUAUUUAUCCGUUAAAAAAGGUGAAGUACUUGGUUACUUGGGUCCAAACGGUGCUGGUAAAACAACAUCAAUUAGUAUUCUCACUGGUCUUUAUACACCAACAUCUGGUACUGCCCAUAUUGCAGGUUUAGAUAUUCGUUAUGAUAUGGAUAAAAUUCAUCAAGUAAUUGGUGUAGUAAUGCAAUUCGAUGUCUUAUGGGAAGAUCUCACCUGUGAAGAAACCAUUCUUUAUUAUACUCGUCUAAAAGGUACACCAAAAUCAAUCGAAUUUGAAUCUACUCAUAAUAUUUUAAAAGAAGUUAAUUUAUUAGAUGUUAAAGAUAGAUUUGUAAAAGAAUUAAGUGGUGGUAUGAAAAGAAGAUUAUCAUUCGCUAUCGCUAUGACUGGUGAAUCUUCAAUUAUUUUCCUUGAUGAACCAACCACUGGACUAUCAAUUGAAACUAGAAAAGAUUUAUGGGGUACAAUUAAUGAAUUAAAAAAGAAUAGAUCAAUUAUCCUUACUACUCAUUCUAUGCAAGAGGCUGAUAUUUUAAGUGACCGUAUUGCAAUAGUUUCACAAGGUAAAUUACAAUGUAUUGGUACUCAAACUCAUUUAAAACAAAAGUUUGGUGAUGGGUAUAGUGUUAGAAUUGAUAUUCAAGAGGAUUAUCAAAAUACUCAUAAUCCAACAGAUUUAAUUAAAAGUUUUUCGCCAAGCGCAACACUCUCUGAAACAUUUAAUGGAAGUUAUGUUUAUCGUUUACCAAAGGAUUCAAUCAUUUCAGAUCUUUACGAAUAUUUAGUUUUAAAUAAAGAACAAUAUCAUUUACAGGAAUGGAGUUUAAGUCAAACAAGUUUAGAAGAUGUUUUCCUUAAAAUUUCUGCGAAUGAUGAUACUGUAAAUUAA